GACUAUGGCACUUUACUGUGUUGGGCCAGUAAUGAAAUCGGCGAUCAAACAGAACCCUGUGUCUACACCAUUGCACCAGCAGGUGAACCCGAUCCCUUGGUAAAUUGCACCCUGCUAAACCAAACCUCCACUGGCUUUCAAAUCGAAUGCCUUGAAGGUUUUGAUGGUGGCCUACAGCAGGAUUUCAUCAUGGAGGUAUAUGUGAAUGGUACCACAAGGCAUCCGAAAAUCUAUAAAUCUAAAACCCCUUACUUUGAGGUGCGUGGCCUGAUUCCAGGUGCCGGCUAUAAUGUAUUUUUGGUAGCUCACAAUAGCAAAGGACGCAGUAAUGCCACAAUCCUGCAAGUCUAUACACUUAAGGAUCCUGAAAAACAGACAGUUUUGAUUACUUACAAAAAACAAUUCGUUACAACAAUGCCUAUGUAUAAUGCGACUCUUGUCAGCACUUCAACAGCUACCACUACCCCUUGUACACCUUAUAAUUUAACACCACCACCACCCAAGUCCAAUAAGAAAAAUCUCUCCCUGGCCUAUGCUCCCGUCAUCGAAGAUAUCCGGCCAUUUUUGGGCAUAUUGGUUGGCAUUGUGGUCAGCAUCAUAUUGGUCGCCUUUAUUAUUGUGAUAAUUGUACGCAUGCGCGGCUCAUCGGGACGAGAUCGUAAUAAUUAUAUGCAUGGCACGGCGACAGCACAGGGGCGUAACAAUAAUGGACUGGGUUCGCUGCACAACAGUCAUGAUAUGCAUAAUGGUCGUGGCAAUUGUCAUGUGACGAGCAGUAUUGACAGCAUCGAUAAGAAUCCGGAUAUAAUACCACAGGAUGGCCACGACGAAGACGACGAAUGGACAACGAAUGCCCACAAUCAUGCCUUUGCCACAGCCGCUUUGGCCGAACAGAAUGCCGUGAUCACCUCAUCGACCACCUAUGAUCACAUUAUACCCACCUAUGCUGUGGUAGAUAAGAAAUCGCAGAGCCAACAUUUACAACAACUGCAACAGCAGCAACAACAUCAACAACAAGCCCAACAGAUGUCAGUGCAACCACCCGCCCACCAUGGACAAUAUUUGCAAUACAACACGCUGAUACCGACCAACAAAAUGGGUGCAUAUGGCGCCCAACAGCAAGCAAGCGGUACAAAG